GUUUUGCUCCAGGAAAUGACGUCACAGCUCCUGCUCGUCUCUGACUGGAGGACCCCGGAAGUCCCCCUCUCUCUCCGCGGGCUGAUGCAGCUGCUCUGCGGUCAGUUCGCUCUCCUCUCCCGGCUUCCUCCGCCUGUCUCCGGCUGCUCUGCCAGAGCUCGGCGCUGCUCUGCGGUCAGUCUGCUCUCUCUCCGGGGCUCCUUCCGACCUCUUCCGCCGCCGCUGCUCCGCCCCGGCCGGAGCCUUUCGCGGGAAAAAUCAAGCAUUGACGCCCCCAGCCAGCAGCGGAAACUCUGUAGAGUCAUGCCGUCCAACAUGGAGAUCAAAGCUAAAGUUAGCGACCCCACGCAGUUCGCCAAGAAGGCCGCCGAGCUCAGCCAAUCAGAGGGCACGAUCAUCCGGCAGCACGACACCUUCUUCAACUGCAGCCAAGGACGACUGAAGCUACGAGACUUCAUGAAUGGGUCUGGUCAGCUGAUCUUCUACGAGCGUCCCGACACCGACGGACCCAAACUGUCUCGCUACUCCAUCAGUCCGACCAGCGACCCGCUGAACCUCCAGACUGUGCUGUCUGACGCUCUCGGAGUCAGAGGGGAGGUGGUGAAGGAGCGACGGCUGUUUCUGAUUGGUCAGACCAGAGUUCACCUGGACAAGGUGGAAGGACUCGGACACUAUAUGGAGCUGGAGGUGGUGAUGAAGCCGGAGCAGACGGUGGAGGAUGGACAGCAGGUGGCCGAGGGUUUGAUGCAGCAGCUCGGAGUUUCUAAAGAAAGUCUGGUGACCGGAGCUUAUAUGGAUCUGCUGCUGAAGGGACAAAAGGAGGCAUAAAACUACCAGUAAUCAGAUUACAGCAAUCAGAUUACAGUCAGUAAACUCAGUAGAACUCAGAAAACACAUCUACUCAUAAAACUAACUGUAAUCAGAUUACAUUGAGUAAACUAGUAGAACACAGAAAACAUGUAUUAGUGAGACUAAUCUAGUAGUUACACUGUAAUCAGAUUACAUUCAAUAAACUCAGUAGAAGACAUAAAUCAACGUGUAUUAGUCAGUAAUCUGGUAGUUCCACAGUAAUCAGAUUACAGUAAUCAGUCUGAAAGUUUCUUUGAAAUGUUUCUUUAAUGUGAUGUAAAUUUUGAUGUUUUUCUAAAUAAAUGAACUCAGAAAGUU